GCUGCGCCCAUGUGUUUUGAUUACCACGAGAGAUUUACUUAUUUACUUACCAUCCCCGUAUGUAGAUAGAGCUACCGGCCUAAUUACAGAUACAGGUAAUCUAAAGAUUGUUGAUAGAAAACAUAUUAGUUUAACAUAUUAGUAAAUUAAUUGCCAUAAUAUUGUCACCAUGACACGUUGGGCAAGAGGAGGGCCAAAAAAGAGACCCCAUGAAGCAUCAUCAUGGGAGGAAUUAAAACCCAAACAAACUGACAAAUCUUCAUUUGUAAAUCCUGAACGCAUCAAACCUAAAAAACAUAAAAAAGUGACAGUGACAACUGAAAAGAAUGAUGAUCCACAAGAGAUUAAAAAUGAAAAAACAAAAUCAGAUGAAGAAAAAGAAAAAAGUGAAUCUGUCGUGGAUAAAAUCACAAAAGCAGAUAAAAGUGUCAAGAAAAGAAAACCUGUGAAGUGGAAUGAUGAUUUAGAGCAGAUUCCAGAAAAAAGAUCAAAAGAUGGAAAGUUGAAAAAGAAAUCCUUGGCGGUGACAGAAAGGUCAGCAGAGAUGAGUCCAUCAGAAAUAUUUGCUAUGAAAGACAAAAGACGAGAGGAUAGAAGGGUGAAAAGAAUAGAACAAAGGCGAAACAAAAAAGUAUGUUUUCAUUGUCGACAGCCGGGUCAUGGUGUAGCUGACUGCCCUGUAAUUUUAAAAGCUAAUGAUCAGGGGAUGGGUAUAUGUUUCAAGUGUGGUUCUACAGAACAUACGUCACACCAAUGUACUGCCAGAGUUGAUAAAAAAAGAGGAGAGUAUCCAUUUGCAAGAUGUUUUGUGUGCCAUAAGAUUGGUCAUCUAUCCCGACAGUGUCCAGACAACCCAAAAGGUCUUUAUCCAUAUGGCGGUGGGUGUACCAUAUGUGGAUCUGUGAAGCACUUUGUAAAAGACUGUCCAGAUAAUAUCAGUCUUAUUGAAAAAGAGAAAGCAAUAAAAGAACAGAAGUUAUUGUCCAAGCAGCAGAAGCGAAGUAUGGAGAGUGCCGAUGCUGAGAUUGGACUACCAAGACAACGCAAAGUAAUAGCAAGACCAAAGGGACCAAAAAUUGUGAAAUUUUGAACUGAAUCCUGCGUGUAAACCUACAAUGUGUUCUAUGUGACAUAUACGACAUUUGUGAAAUUCAAAUAUGUAAUGCACAACAACUGUAAUACCAAUUGUGAUGCUAUAGGCUCCAGAGAUUUGGGAAUUUAAAUAGGUAAUUGGUGAAAUAGUUUUUUUU